AGAUAAAGAGUUUGGAGGAAAGUUUGUGAACAUAACGGAUCGAUGUCAUCAAACCGCGGCCGUUGUCUAUGAGAGGAAGCAUCUCCAGUAGCGUGUGUUGGGUAGUCGAACCCUAGCAUCAGAUUCUGGAACAUUACUAUGAAAUGAUAACGUUUUUCAGCUGUGUGAUAUCCCUCUUAUCUCCUAUCUAGCGGGCAAGUUGGGAAAUAUCCUUAGUUCUACCUUUUUAUAAUUGACAACGUUAGCCAGACGCCUGUAUCGAGUGGAUCGUACGCCAAUUAAAGAUUGAUAUCAACGUUUCUGGAUCGUCAUUCAUGUUUCUUUAUGUUUGCCUCUUUAGAUUUAAAAAUAUGCGUUUCCAGACAGAUUCGAUAUUAAGUGUGCUUAUAACGGAUUCAUUUCACGUUGGAUAAGAAUACAAAAAUGUUUGGCUGCACCAAAGAUUUCUUAUAAGAAAUUCCGGGAGCACGUCUGUUUGCGUAUUAACUGAUGUCUCUGUCAAUCUUCAAAACAGGAAUGGAGUAUAGGAAAAAUGUGUGAAUGAGCGAACGAUUCAAUGCUUUCGAUAGCGGACUAUGGGAGCCACUGAAAGGAUAUUUUGUUGAAGCUUUGGGAAAUGGGCACAUAUCUACUGUUAGUUUUGAGUAUGAUCUGGAUACCAAACAGUUUAGCAACGCAUACGACAUCCGCUUGGAAUUACGGCGUAAUGUUUGACGCCGGAAGUUCGAGUUCAAAAUUAAAAAUUUACAAAUGGCCGACUCGAUUGUCAUCUGCCGAAGCGUUUGACAUGGAUCUGAUAUACACCAAACGGUACAAGCCUGGGAUUAGUGACUACGUUUAUCACCUUGACGAUAUUCCUAAUUAUUUGGCGGAAAUGCUGACCAAGGCUAAAUCACUAGUACCAACAAAUCUACACCACUCAACGCCAUUGUUUAUGAUGGCUACUGCUGGUUUACGAGUCUUAUCAGAAAACGACGCCAUUGCCCUGAUGACGUCAGCACGACGUUACCUAGGAAACUCCACUAUAAACCCUUUCAAGUACAACCCACACACAGUGAGGAUCCUAUCAGGGGAGGAGGAGGGCGCGUACGCAUGGAUCGCUGCAAAUUAUCUCAGGAAUUUCUUCGGCUCAGAUAGGCCGCCAUCACAAGCCGUCGGUGUACUGGAGAUGGGAGGAGGGUCUACCCAGAUAACCUUCAUACCAGACGGUCCCAUCCUCGCCAAUAUGUUCCCAGUGCGCAUGGCCGGGGUGACGUAUUACCUGUACACCCAUAGUUACCUAUAUUACGGACAAAACUACAUGGCCCACAGGGUACGACGCUACCUGGAGGAGGAGAGUCCACUGGACACUGAACUGUUAAACCCAUGUAUGCUGAGGGGUGACAACGUGUCUUUCAGCACUGAAGAGGGCGCCACUGUGAUUUUCCGGGGAGACAGUAACCCCACAAAGUGCCUUGAAAUUAUUAAUAGCUUCCUCCAAAGUGCCGGCGAAAACUCGUGUUAUCCCAAACCAUGCGCCAUCGGUCAGACCUACCAGCCAUCACUUGGAACAGACACAUUCUUCGCUAUAUCUGCAUACGUGUAUGCUCCUACCACAUUAAGGGCGCUGGAUACAUUCGGAAGGUUGCAGAUUCCAACGUUGAAUACAACAGCCCAUGAAUAUUGCCGAAUGACUUUAGCUCAAGCUAUAAAUUCAACCGGAACUCUUGCAGAGUAUGCUUCCGGUUAUUGCAUGAUGGGACUUUACAUUCCUUCUUUAUUGACAACAUCCUAUGGUUUUCCUUCAAGCACUCAAAGAAUACAAGUAACGGACAAAAUAAACGGCGAAUCUGUAGACUGGGCUCUUGGCGCCGUGUUAUAUGAACUUGAGCAAAUAGAGUAUACCAGCUGGUUAGAGACAUGUGGUGUGGUGUCCGGCGUACAGCGACCAGCGGUCACUCCUGUUAUCUGGAUUUUGUUUGGAUUCGUGACUUUCUUUUUAACAAAACUAAGAGAAAUAUUGUGAUGAUUGCAAUUCGGAUUUAGUAAACCUUCAGGAAUCAUACAUGUAAUAGAAUCACAGUUUCAAUAUCAUCGACACACGAUCAUCGUUCGUAUUCAGUGAAUUCUCGAAGAUACUAACAUUACGCUUCUUCAUUAUAUGGUGGGCUUUUUUCUGUUAACACUACUUCUGGUCUCAAUAGUUUAUUCGGAGCGAUGAAAUGUAAGGUUACUGAUAAAGAUACUUGGCGGAGUUAUGACAAAAAUAACAUAAAUGACGUCAUCAAGAAAGACCAGGAUCCCCGCUACCUUUGGACGAAAAAAAAACAACAAAAAAAACUAAAGGAAAUAUUUAUUUUAUUUUAUGAAAGGAAAGAAAUGUGAUGCAUAGUGUCUCUUAACGCGUAUAGAAAAAUACAAGAUAAUGCGAGAACAUACAAAUGGGUGUGCUACAUCAAAAUAACGUAUCUGUAGAUCAUUUUAUGGAUGUGAUGGAAUGAAAGGAAGAUUAUAUCUUAUAACUUUGGUAUAAUAUAUAUAUAAUAUUGGAAUUGCGAAAUACUAUAAUAUUGAACAAUAUCAUAAAAAAACUAUUUUCAAUUAUCUUGGUCAGUUCUAUAAUCAGCUCUGGAGGAACAAUACUAAAUAUUGCCAAUUAUAUUAUCAUUGUGUCGAAUAGUGUGGAAUAAACGAGUUAUCAUUUCGCAAUGUUAUGCUGUAUGAAAGGAAGAGUUAUGCCCCAUUUUAUGAUACUAGCAAUCUUAGCUUGUCGAUUUUUAUUUCAUAAUUGUAUGUAUCUAAUCAACUUAGAUGGAAUACACAAAUUCGAGACUGAUUAUUAGAUGUUUUAGAGUGUUCGGCCAACUUUCAAAAAAAUGACACCCAGCGGCUAAAUCAUGUAUAAUAAUAACACAUGCGCAUCGGGAUAGGUCCAAAAACAUUACAUGUAAUAAAUUCUGAGGCCCCUAUGGUAGACAGGAGAAAGGAACCACGACAGGUGACGCUAGUAGGUAAUAUGAUACCUAUAUAUUUAAUGUCAUCUUACUGUAAAGCGAUGGACACUUGUAACGACCACCAUUGUCAUCAGUCACAUCCUUGGUUCAUUCUAUUCUAUCAGAGUUGCUUCCCUUCGUGUCACUCUAGAAUGCUGUAGCGAUUUAUGAUCAAGGUGACAGCCGAUGGUGGCCGAUCGGCCCUUGGUUGGACUUGUCUCGGAGAAUGUGUGUGCUGUUGGUAAUGAUUUGUAAGUGUUAAAUCAAAUGUCAUCGUUUGACAAUGUAUUACCCAAUACUUUUUUCAAAACUGUUUAAUAGUCAUGGUUUGAGCAUAUAUAUCUUAAUCAUUAUUAAUUUUGAAGAUAAAUUCUUGCUGGUUGAUGCUGCUUUAUUAUUUACCAUUCACUUGAGGAGAAUGUAAAAGCAGCCAAUACUAAUUAUCAUAAUAUGAGAUGAAUUAUUAUCAUAUAUUUUCUUUUAGUUGAUUAUUACUUCAUGUUACAAAUUGUACGUUCAACAGGUCGAUUCUGAACUUGUUUGGAAGCCCAUGUCAUCGUAGUCUCAUAGAAAAUGGCGGGUUACCCUUCAAUAAAUUGAAGUACAAAGCAUAAUAAAAAAAAACAAUGGAGUUAUGUUAAGUCUCUUGCGUAGACGAUUGUUUUUUGUUUUUGUUUCUUAUAUCCAUGGACUGAUGUGGACAGAUCGAUAGUAUUUCCUAUCAAAGUAGUCCGUACUUUGUGUAAUAUUACUUUGACGCUUGUUAUCAAUAUAAUUUAAUGUAUUAAAAGCGUGUAUGAUCAUCUGAAAGUGCCCUAGGCAUUGUGAGAUAAACCCAAAUACAGUUACAGGUACGUCCCAAUAGUUAGUAGCCCGCGGACUUACAUUAAACCCCAAGUCCGUGGACGUACAUUAAACCCCAAGUCCGUGGACGUACAUUAAACCCCAAGUCCGUGGACGUACAUUAAACCCCAAGUCUGUGGACGUACAUUAAACCCCAAGUCCGUGGACGUACAUUAAACCCCAAGUCUGUGGACGUACAUUAAACCCCAAGUCCGUGGACGUAACCGUCAACGUUCCUAUCUUAUCAGUGUUAUCUCCCUUCCGAUCUGUAUUAGCGACGCACAGCAGUAUGACAGACGAUGAGAGACGAGAAUAAUGUAACCAAUGUUCCAGAACGGAGUGUGGAAACAUAGAUAUACAAAUAUACGUAAUUAUCUGCAAUAAUGAAAUCCAUUACGAAGUUUUACUUAUUUCAAGAUUUUCUGUUUUGAUUCUUCAUGUUGCAGAGUACUUUUGUAAAGACUUUUUUAUAAUAAAAAUAUUGAAAACAUA